AUGGAUGUUAUUCAGUACUACUUUGCCAUUCUAGGGGAGCAAGACACGUGGAAACAACUCCUGUAUCUGUGCUCCCGCUGCUUUGAGAGCAAUUUGCCCAAGGGGUUCCUGAGCCUUGGCGAUGCAGGUGUUAUUGGUUCCAUGGUAACUCUUGGUGUUCUUGCGGGUUAUUCGAUAUGA